GCAAGAGAGACUUCCUCAUCUUCAGGGCAUGCUACCCUGGGCUCUACUCCUAAGGUACAUCAAAAGGUCUUGAACCAGACUACCUUUUUAUUUGCAUGACAACUGAUACAGACUCCUAAAAAAGUGGGAAGGUCAUCUAGAGGUAAUUAGCCCAACCUCCCACCCCAUGCAGGUCUACUGUUCACAUCAUACCUGACAGGGUUAGUCUUUGCCAGCCACGAGGAGCUCAAUGAAGUAUUUUGAGUAAAAAAAGCUAUUUGCAUUGCUUUUUUUCAAAUAUUCCUUAGUUUGCAGGUUGCUUUUUGCCUGAUAAAAUAUCUAUCUGGGACCAUACCUUACCUUUAGAAUCACCUCCCCAAGGUGUAAGUGUUUUUGUCUUUGAAAGAUGACCAGUGAAAACACUCACCAGGUGGCAGAGAAGUUUUGGAAAUAAUGACUUAAGCAGAGACAAACUCUUGAUGUUUUCCCCUCCCAAAGAGCAUGACACAGUGAAAAAAAAAAGAACAAAAAACAAAGAACAAAACCACAAUCACCAAUGAAAUAAGAGAGGUUAGCUCUUUCAAGAACUCUUAGUCACUAUUCUUUGGAGGCAUCGAAGCCAAAACAAUAAGGGAAACUGUUUGGUGGAAUGAAGUAAAACUAACCAAGUUCAGCACCUGGUAAAUAAAGGAAAAGAAGAUGACUCAAGAAGUCAAUCUGAAUUCCCUCAAGGAACUGGAACGUGAGAUGGUACUUCAGGUUUUGUACCGAGAUCAGAUGGUGCAAAAGGUUGAGGAGGAGAGGAUAAGGAAGCUGAAACUGCACCUGCAUGAUCUUCGAUGGAGACCAGCAAAGAACACAAAUCAGGAAUACAAAGAGAAGUUCUGUGCACGAUGCCAGAAAUCUCUGGGCUUGCUGAUAAACCGAGGAGGUGUAUGCCAGGGCUGCAGCCAUCGAGUAUGUUCCGAGUGUCGGGUCUUCCUGAGAAAAACCUACAUGUGGAAAUGUACUGUCUGCUUUGCUGAUGGAGAUGUAAAAAUAAAAACUGGAGAGUGGUUCUUUGAGGAACGAGCCAAGAAAUUUCCAGCUGAAAGCAAACAUGAAACAGCUGGUGCAAAGCUCUUGAAAUCUUAUCAGAAACUGAGCAAAAUUUCUGUGGUUCCUCCCACUCCACCACCUGUCAGUGAGAGCCAUUAUGGAUCCAACACUGGGGAACUUGGUCAGCUUAAAGGAUUUAAUAAAUCGAUGGAAAAUUUGUUUCUCUCUCUUACCACACACAUAAAAAAAAUCUCCAAGUCCCAGAAUGACAUGACUUCUGACAAACAUCUUCUAACAACCAAUUACAGGGAGGGUAUGGACCGGAAGGAGAGGAGGAGCCAAUCUGACACUGCCAUCAACUUGACAACCAGGACUGUCAGCGUAACAGAUCAUCUUAAACUCGUCAACCAAGAGGAUGAUGAAAACUUUAUUAAUCCCAUUUUGGAGCAAGAAAAUAUUUUACCCACUUCUUCUCAUAGCAUCAUGUUCUCUGGUGGCAUCAAACGUGGAAGUUUGGUGAGCAUUAGCAGCACUUGUACAGAGGUGGGCAGUUUUGACAAUGCUGAUGUAACUGGAGAAAUACUAUUCUCCCUUCAGUACGACUUUAAGGCUUCUACAUUAGAAAUCUGCAUCAAAGGUUGUAGGAACCUAGCCUUUGGAGAAGAAAAGAAGAAAAAAUGCAAUCCCUAUAUAAAGACCUAUCUGCUACCUGAUAGAGGCUCUCAGGCCAAGAGGAAGACAAGUGUCAAAAAGAACACUGUGGAUCCUCUCUUUCAUGAGACUUUGAAGUAUCGUGUGGAGUAUUCCCAGCUGCAGACCCGGCUGCUCCAGGUCUCCGCGUGGCACUUGGGGACCCUCACCCGGAAAGUGUUUCUGGGAGAAGUUUUGAUUCCUCUGGCUUCCUGGAACUUCGAAGAUAGUACAGUACAAUCAUUCCACUGGCAUCAGCUCAAAGCUAAGAAUUACAGAACGGCAGAAUCUCAGAACUGGAGGAGACCUCAGAAGCCCUCUGGUCUGGCCUGUACCUGAAGAACGUCCUCUCAAACAAACAUGCCCUGCAAGUGUGGGUCCAGCCUUGCUUGAAGUGCUCCAGGGGGUAGCCAUUCCACCCAAGGCUGCCCACCCAUUUCCACCUUGACAUUGUUCUGUUUGUUGGGGAUUUUUCCCUAACAUCAAGCCUAAAUCAGACUUUCUGCUCCUUUCGUCCAAUGUUUAUAAUCCUAUUCUCCGAGGUCAAGUACAGCAAGUGACAGCCUUCUGAUACUCAAAGACAACUACCAUGUCUCCCCUUCUUCAGUUUAAACAUCCCUGGUUCAUUCAGUUGACUCUUACAUGGUGUGAUCUUGUAGCCUUUCCUAAUUCUGGUUGCCCUCUUCUGGAUGCGUCCAUCCAUGUACUUAAAAUGUAUGGCCCCCAUCUGAGCACAGUGUUCCCAAUAUGGAUGGAACAGGGCAGAGUACACGUGAUUGAAUUAGCUUUUUUUGGCCACAGUAUCAUACUGUUGAUGCAUAUUGACCUUGUAGCCUACCAAGCCCUACUCCCCUACCCCAAACUACUGUCUGGCCAUGUUUUCCCCAUCGUAUACUUGUAAAUUUUAUUUUAUUUUUAAUCCAUGACACGUUACAUUUUUUCUUAUUAAAGUUAAUCUUAAUAUGAUUCACA